GGUUUUAGUAUUCGCAGUACACAUUGGAAAGGAGCUCACCUACCUGGCUGGGGGAUACGAGGCCGGUAUAACAUCCCAGAGAUGUUCAACUUCUUCAGGAAAAGCCAAGACACUAAGAAGAGUCCAGCACAGGAGAAGGAGACCGAUGGGUUUGUCUUCCUGGGACAGACUCCGGCGGAAAGGCAGAGCGGCACAGCGCCAUAUCCUGCGUCAGAUCUCCCUUACAGUCUGCCCUACCAGAUGCCACCGGCAAUCCCCCCGCAGCUGGACAGAGCGGAUACCGCAGCCACCAAGGUGACCAAUCAACUCUCAGAGGGGAACCCAGCGAUGGCAGACCUGCUCAACGACAUCCCUUUCAUCCUCGCCCCUCAUGUUCUAGAAGUGCAGAAUAUCUGUCAGGAACUUCCAGAGCCUGUGCCCAUCUACAACCUGGAUGAGAGCUUUGCCCGUUUCCACUACGAUUUCACCCUGGAGAACUCUGUGCUGUGUGGACUAUGAGCGGUUUUUCUGUGUCCCCGUCUUACAUUUCUCACUAGGCACUUUAUUCAUAAAUAUGUACAGAUACAGCUAUUAACGUCCCUGCAAUGUACAUAGAACCU